AUGGCAAAUCCUGCCCUCACUGAAGAUGCUGUGAACACGGGCGCAGUUGCGUGGGUCUUGACCUCCGCAGCUUUGGUGUUCUUGAUGACAGCCGGACUUGGCUUUUUCUAUGGUGGUUUGGUGCGCGACACGAACGUUAUCAACACCAUGAUGAUGAGUGUAGCAUCAAUGGCCAUUGUAUGCUUGACCUGGGUCGUCUUUGGGUUCUCUUGGGCCUUUGGAGACAAUGGUGGUGCUGCAAUUGGGAACAUUGUGGGCAACUUCGACUACAGCCUGUGGAUGAAUUUGGACAUGAAGAUGUGGGGUGACUCGGGGCUCCCUGGUCUUUGUUUUGCAGCUUUCCAGAUGACCUUUGCCAUCAUCGCUUCAGCGAUCAUCUCCGGCUCCUUGGUGGAGCGUAUGCGCUUUAGCGCAUAUUCUAUCAUGUUGGCCUUGUGGUCCUUGCUGAUCUACGCCCCACUCUGCCAUUGGGUUUGGGGCCCUGGUGGUUGGAUCGCAGAAUUCGGAGCUUUGGAUUUUGCUGGAGGCACCGUCGUGCACAUCAGCUCUGGUGUGUCCGGCCUUGUUGCAGGUGCCAUCGUUGGACCCAGAAGGCAUGUGGAGAAGGAGCUGGGACCCGCCAACGCUCCUUUCGUCAUCCUCGGUGGCAGCCUACUGUGGUUUGGUUGGCUAGGCUUCAAUGGCGGAUCUGCUUUGUCAGUGAGCGAUGGUGUGGCGGCCCGUGCUGUGGCCACCACAUUCGUGGCAGCAGCUUCUUCGAUGUUGACCUGGUUGAUGCUGGAACGCCUUUUCAAAGGCAAAUCCACCAGUGUAGGAGCCUCGGUAGGCGCAGUGGCUGGGCUUGUGUGCAUCACUCCGGGAGCUGGCUUCGUGACACCUGGCUGGAGCAUUGCCAUUGGUGCUUUGGGUGCUGUUUGGUGCUACGUCUCUGUAGAGGUGGUAAACAAGGUGAAUUUGGUGGAUGACACACUGGAUGCCUUUGGCUUGCAUGGCAUGGGCGGCAUCGGUGGGGCCAUUUUGACCGGUAUUUUUGCAUUGGACGGUGGCCUGAUCUACACUGGAAGCUUUGAACUAUUGGGCAAGCAGAUUGUUGGUGCACUGGCAGGUGUGGCCUUCUCAGCCAUUGGCACUGCCAUCAUCGUCGUGGCACUGAGGCUGGUGAUGAAGCUGCGCAUCCCCGAAGAACAGGAGAUUGAAGGUGUGGACCAGCAUACUCAUGGCGAGACCUACCACAGUCCUGUCAAGAAGUACCCCCCAGAUGAAAGAGUCUGA